UGUGCACUUUUGUUUUAAAUUAAUCGAUUUAAAAGAAUGUGAGGAAACUGUUUAAAAUUGGCAGUUUCCUUGUUUAAUCGAUAUACAAAUGCUCAAAACCACCUUAUAUAAUCGUCGAUGUAAAAAUUGAAACAAGUUGUAUUCAAAGACAUUACUUGCCUGCUUACAUGAGGCAUAUUUAAUUCAGUUCUCUUCAAGCUCCUAACAGAAGCCCAGAGGGGAUGGAAAGCAAUUCUCAAAAGCCGUUUCAACAUGACCAUAUUGCCAGGUGUUGUAUGAGGGUUUUCAAAUAGACCCUGAUGCAAUGGCCCAUUGUUUGCACUGGAUUAAGGCCAGGUUACUGUAUGUCUGUCUUCUUUCUUUACUUUGGCAUAAAUGACUUUCAUAACCCUCAGUCAUGUAAAUAACAGUCAUCUAGAUAUGCACUACACUGCCUUACAAAAGCAAAGUGCAGUAACUAUGUCGACAUUGAAACUGAGAAAAAAUGCAUUCAAAGCCUUGGUUUUAGGUUGGAUAUUGUAAUUGCUGCAAAUACGACAUAGUAAAAUCUGUAAACGGGACACAUUUGGACCCUAAGGCUUUGUUAACAAGAUAUAGGAGGUCUUAUUUGAUAAAAUAUGUAGUUACUGCACUUUGCCGUUGUUGGGCAGUGCAGUGAAAAGAAUUGUACCAGAGAAAGUGAUGGAUGGAUGGAUGGAUGGAUGGAUGAAUGGAUGGGUUAACCAGUCCGGUGCUACACUCCAGCUGCAGGGUGUUUGAACACGAGUUAGUCAGUCACAACAAGCAAAGUCGUCAGUUUCAUCAUCACAGGAAGUGGCGGUUUUAGUCCUUCCUAACUGACACAGACACACGCCUGUAGCUUGGUGUGUAUCUGUCUUGUGUUUUUGUGUUUGUGGGGCUGUGUGUUUUGAAGAGAGGAGAUGCACAGAGAAGGGUGGAGGAGUGUUUGAGCGGACUAGGCCUCAGGUUACGAGAGAGAAAGAGAGAGAGAGAGAGAGAGAGAUAGAGAGAGAGAGAGAGAGAGCAGCUGUUCUGAAGACAGUUGCGGAUGUAGUCGUCUUUGUUGUCGGUCGCGGCUGUCAUUCUUUUGAGCGUCAGUCAGAUCCUUUGUGGAAGAAGCUCCCAUGGAUUACGAGCCUGGUCUGGUGUCACCGUUCAAGCGCGUCUUCCUGAAGGGGGAGAAAGGGAGGGAUAAGAAGGCGCAGGAGAAGUGCUCGGAGCGUCGAGCGCUGCACACCUUCUCCUCCACCCUCCCUGACCACCGCAUCGACCCCGACAUCCUCCUCAAUGACUACAUCGAGAAGGAAGUCAAGUAUCUGGGACAGCUGACAUCCGUCCCAGGCUACCUGAACCCAUCCAGUCGCACGGACGUGUUGCAGCUCAUAGACACUGCCAGGAAGUCUCAGCAGUUGGCGGGCCAGCUGACGUCUGAGCACGAUGCGGUGGUGAGCCUGUCUGCCUACAACGUCAAGCUCAUGCGCCGCGACACCGAAGACACCAUCCUGCGCGUGCCCAUCCACGACAUCGCAGCCGUCUCGUACAUCAGGGACGACUCUCUACACCUAGUGGUGCUAAAGACAGCCCAGGAUGCAGGUGGAUCCCCGUGUCCAGAGUUGUCCAAAUCCCCGACCAUGAGUUCCCUGUCUGAGAGUGGAGCCGUGCUGGUGGAGGCCUGCUCACUGCUCAUACUCGCCGCCGACAACAAGGGUGCUGCGGAGGAGCUGUGUCUGCUGUUGAGCCAGGUCUUCCAGAUCGUCUACACAGAGUCCACCAUCGACUUCCUGGACCGAGCCAUCUUCGACGGGGCCACCACCCCCACACGCCACCACUCGCUCUACAGCGACGACUCCUCGAGCAAAGUGGACGUCAAAGACGCCUGUUUCGAGGCAGAGGCUAGUACCUUCUCGUUCCAGAGUUCUCUGGAGGCGGGCGGCCACUCGCCGUGCCCCUCCCCAACCUCCACACCUGCGUCGCCGCAGACAACCAAGACGGCCAGCGACAGUGAACUCAGCACCACCGCCACCGAGCUGCUGCAGGACUACAUGACCACGCUGAGGACCAAGCUCUCCUCUCAGGAGAUCCAGCAGUUUGCCACCCUGCUGCAUGAGUAUCGUAACGGGGCCUCCAUCCACGAGUUCUGCAUCAACCUCCGCCAACUCUACGGGGACAGCAGGAAGUUCCUCCUCCUUGGCCUGCGUCCGUUCAUCCCGGAGAAGGACAACCAGCACUUUGAGAACUUCCUGGAGACCAUCGGCGUGAAGGACGGCCGCGGCAUCAUCACCGACAGCUUCGGCCGCUACCGCCGCGCCACCAGCUCCGCCUCCGACUCGCCGGGCGCCAACGGCAACGGGGAUGGGGCCGCGGGGGGCGGGGGAGGGGGCCCGGACGACGAGGAGGGGGCGGCGCCCUCCGAGGGGGACGAGUGGGACCGCAUGAUUUCCGACAUCAGCAGUGACAUCGAGGCCCUGGGCUGUCACAUGGAGCAGGAGGCCACGGGGCCCUGAGGAGGACAGGGGACAGAGGACACACACACACACACACACUCACCAGCAGUGACAUGGAGACUUGGAGCUGUUACACAGAGCAGCAAGCCUCCGGGCCCUAUGGGGACACACACCUAUACUUACAUUAUAUACAGUGCCC